GGCGGCGGCGGCGAGGCCGGCGGCGGCCGGGGAGCGGGGCUUAGGCUCGGGGGCCGGCCGGGCUCGGGCGGCGCCGCCAUGAACGCGGCGGUGGUGAAGCGGACUCAGGAGGCUCUGGGGAAGGUGAUUCGGAAGCCGCCGCUGACGGAGAAGCUGCUGAACAAGCCCCCGUUCCGCUACCUGCACGACAUCAUCACGGAGGUGAUUAGGACGACCGGUUUCAUGAAGGGCCUCUACACGGAUGCGGAGAUGAAGUCCGAUAACGUUAAGGAUAAAGAUGCAAAAAUUAGCUUCCUUCAGAAGGCCAUAGACGUGGUGGUAAUGGUCUCUGGAGAGCCACUGUCGGCAAAGCCAGCUCGGAUUGUGGCGGGGCACGAGCCUGAAAGAACCAACGAGCUGCUGCAGAGAAUCGGGAAGUGCUGUCUCGGCAAGCUCUCCAGUGACGAUGCGGUGAAGAGAGUGUUAGCCAGAGAGAAGGGGGACACGAAACGAAGGCCCUCCCUCACAUCGAAACCUCAAGAACUGGAUAAUAAGAACGCAAGGGAAGAAGAGCCCAGAGUCCAUAAAGACAAAGAGGAUAGAAGAAAUUCUGAAGUCAACGAGAGAAGUACCAGCAGAGAGGGAAAACAGAAGGAGGAAGUGGGAGGAGAGAGCAAGCCGAGAGAGAGGGACCGGGACAAGGAGAAGGCCAGGGAGAGUGACCGGGAGCGACAGAGGGAGCCCGAGAGAGACAAGAUCCGCGAAGGGGAGAGAGAGAGAGCCAAGACCCGGGCCAGGCCGGAGAGGGACAGGGACAGAGGCAACAGAGACCGGGACAAGGACGCGGACCGGGAGAGGGAGCGGAAGAAUGAGGCAGGAAGGGAGAAAGAGCGGUGGAAAGACCGGGAGAGAGAGCGUGAGCGAGACAAGGGCAGGGACCGGGACAGGGACCGGGACCGGGACCAGCGGAGGGUGAGAAAUGGGGAGCACGCCCGGGACCCCGACAGGGAGAAGAGCCACGAGCAUGAGAAACCAGAGAAAAAGUCAUCAAGUGCAGGAGAGAUGUCUAAAAAGUUGUCAGAUGGAUCUUUUAAAGACUCCAAAGUUGAACCAGAGACUGAGGUUUCCACUAGAGCAUCCAGGUCAGUGACAACAAAGACUUCAAAACGGCGAUCCAAAAAUUCAGUGGAAGGAAAAAAGGAGGAUAAUAUUGCAACUAAAAUUUUAGACUCCAUAGUGUCUGGAUUAAGUAAUGAACCAGAUCAGGAAGCUACAGCUUCAGAAAUAGGAACGAAAGAAGCUAAAACUAACUCAGCUAGUGUUUCAGACGAUAAUUCGACUAGUCUGUGGCGUGACAGCACUGAGCCGGAACCCGCAGUGAAGCCCAGAGGUGACUCCCCUAGUGAUGCAGAAGGAGAAGCUGGACCUCCUGGCCAGGAGAAUUGUGAGGGGUUGGAGAGCUCGGAGCCAGCCGGCGAGCUCCCGUCUGCGGCCAGACGAAUACCUCGGCCUGGGAGCGCAAGGCCAGCACCUCCCCGGGUGAGACGGCAGGAGAGCUCAGAGGCGCUGACGACAGACAGGGCAGGGAGCGGUAAAACCGUGUCAAAUGUGAUUAUAGAUUCACAGAACUCUGACAACGAGGACGAUGAUCAGUUUGUGGUGGAGGCCGUCCCCCAGCUUUCUGAGAUGUCAGAACCAGAAACGGUACAAGCAGUGGAAUUAGAAGAAGAUGAGAAGCAUGGAGGACUUGUCAAAAAAAUUCUGGAGACUAAGAAGGACUAUGAGAAGUUGCAGCAGUCACCCCAACCUGGAGAGAAGGACAAGUUGCUGGUCUUUGAGUCGGCGUGGAAGAAGGAGAAGGACAUAGUCUCCAAGGAGAUAGAGAGGCUCCGUGUGUCCACCCAGACCCUGUGCCGCAGCGCGCUCCCGCUGGGCAAGAUCAUGGACUACAUCCAGGAGGACGUGGACGCCAUGCAGAACGAGCUGCAGCUGUGGCGCGCCGAGAACACGCAGCACGCUGAGGCCCUGAAGAAGGAGCAGAGCAUCACAGACGCUGCGGUGGAGCCGUUGAAGGCGGAGCUGGCGGAGCUGGAGCAGCUGGUUAGAGACCAGCAGGACAGGAUCUGCGCUGUGAAGGCCAACGUUCUAAAGAAUGAAGAGAAAAUUCAGAAAAUGGUGUACAGUAUCAAUUUGAGUUCCAGAAGGUGAAAGCUCCAAGUUGCAAAGACUAACGAUCGUCCUCAGUCGGAAAGUGCCAGGAGCCGGGGACGCCGUGACUCCUCGAGUUCCCGUCUGAGGAGGACGAACCGUUGACGACGUUCCCCAGCGAGCUGCAGAGCUUCGCAGCGCCAGGCGUAUUCGGUGUGCGAGAGGCCGCGUCUCCUCCCGUCCUCCAGCUGGAGCCCUCGCUAGUUAUAAAUAGCUCUUCAAAAUGCCCGUGUGAGGAGUUUCUUUACAACUUGCCUGUUCUUUAUGUUUCUGCGGAGGCCUGUUCUGUUCAUUCUGAACCAGAAUUCUCUCGCAGGUAAGUGGUGCUGGCACGCCAAGGCAGGAGUCCUCGAUUUCAGUCUCUGGCCGGGGGACAGGACUUCCGGAAGCCAAGCACUGAGUGAAGGAUGGCUGUCCUUUCUGAUGCGAACGUCGUAAAUAGAAUGAGGCCUGAAAAGGAAUGAGUUGUAUUUUUAGCUCCUUCCCACUUGAGAAGGGUUGAUAUCAGCCCAUAUAAGGUACAUGUGAACUCUUAAUCUCUUUGUAAUUGCAGACACUUCUUUAUGUAAUUUUCUUACUGGUCCCUAUUAUCUUUUGCUUAUGUUUCCAGCCCUUAAAGUUCAUGAAUUUCAAAAGGAGGUUUCAUAAUGGCCUUCAUGGACAUUGGGCAUGAGAUUGUCGCAGGCUGUAUCCUCACUGUCUUCAGCAUUUUGCCCAUGGGUCUCCCCCGGGCCUAUGAGUGUAGCUGGCGGGCGUCCUGGUUCCCGCGGGAGGAGGGGCUUGCUCGCCGGGGGCGUCGGCAUCAUGCCUUUCCCUUGCGCAGGCGUAAGCACCUGUGCACCUGAGAGACAGGUAGCUUAGGGGAAACCGCAAAGGAAGACUUAAAAGAAUGCACCGAUUUACAAAGUUUUUUGAUGUUACUAUUUUUUUGGAAGUUGUUUUUUAAAGCAGAAGUUUUUUUGUUAAUUGUUUAUAUUUAGUUUUUCACUACGUAUGAUACUGUAAAUACUUACUAAAAUCUUAAAUUUGUGUAUAAAGGAUUUCACAGUUUGGAGACAUACUUACGGGUCUUAAGGUCUGGUUCCUGAUACUUUUAUUGCUAGAUACCGUAUUUAUUAUGUAACCCAAGGUGUGCCAUCUUAAGUGUUAGAAUUGCCUAAGAACGUGUUGUUUCCUCAAAAGACAAGCACAGGAGGCAUGGUUAGGUUUUUCUUAGAGUAAUUUCCAAAACAAAUCCCUUACAAAGAUAGUUGUAGGGUUUUCUAGGCUGAGUACGUUCAAGACCAGAUCGUAAGAUCUGCCGUGUUGAAGAGCUGGCUUUCCCGCUUUCCUGUGGUGCCCACGACGGUCUGUCUGGUCAGAUGAUCCCAAAUGCACUUCAGGGGGAGAGGAGGACCCAGCCCUCUGCGCACCUUUUCGUGUCUGUGUCUCUUUUCUCCUGGCUGGAAUGACUUCGCUGCAGCCCCACAGGGAGCCUGUUUCACUUCAGGUUAAGAUGUCUGCCUUUUAUAAAUUUGUACAUAAGACUAGAAUUUUUAUGUUGCAAAAAAAUUGCAUACAUUGUAUGUGAGUAAAAUUUUGUAUGAAGUAGUCUAUCAAAUUGUAUCAUAAAAUUUAUUUUUCUUUUAUACAUAAAUCAUUAAAAAUAAUCACAUAUUUUUUCUAUUAA